AUGAUUUGGACAUAUUAUAAAGUUUCAAUUUUAUUCAUUCCGACGAUUUGUAUAUUUAUCUAUUUUUUUAUUUAUCAUUCACUGUUCACUAUUUCUUUUUCAUUAAUAUCAAUUGGUUUAAUCUAUGGUGUUAUAUUAGCAAUAUAUCAAUCAAAACCUUAUACAAUUGUUCAUAGCGGAAAAUUAAGAAAUAAACAUAAUAAUAUAGUGAAAUGGAUUAUAGAACAAGUUCAAAUAUCUUCAAAAGAAAAUUUAAAAGAAAAUAUCGUUGAAAAACAUGCAACAAAUAUCGAUUUAGAAACAAUUAUUGAUCAAAUAUGUGAUUUACUUUUAGAAGAUCUUGUUUUAGUUUGGUAUAAAGAUGUUUCUUAUGAACAAACAACAUUUACUCAAACACUUAAACAAGAAAUUCAUCUAAUUGUAUCAAAUCUUAAAACACGUUGUGCUCAGAUCGAUUGGGUUAAAGUUAUAUCAAAUGACCUUGUUGAACAAUUUGCUAAUCAUUAUCAACAAGUUCGACGAGCAACGUUAUAUCCAGAAGAAUAUCCAUUUCGUUUACAUGCUUAUUUAGAAACAGAUGAAAUUGAAAAUGAUUAUUUAAGAAUAAUGAGUGAAGCAUUAUUACUUCUUCUUCUACCAUCAAGUUAUUCAUCGACAUUAGCUUUAAGACAUUUAUUACGUGAAAUAUGUGUUUUUAAAAUUUUUAAACCAACCAUAAAUUUAAUAUGUGAACCUGAUUACUUGAAUGAGAAUAUUUUAUACAAUAUUGAACAAUUAAAUUUAAAUAAUGAACAAAAAUUACGAAAAUUUACAUUAGCAUCGAGUUAUGAGAAGUUUAUUAAACUUAUCGAAACAAGUAAUGAUCUUGAUAAACUUGAACAAUUUUGGAAUUGUAUUGUAACAGAAAUUAUGCAAGCAACAGCCAUCAGAAAUUUAUUAAAAGAAGGUGUUAUUUCAAAUGAUAAUCGUCAAGCACGACUUGGAACUAAAGGUGAAUUAUUAAUGAAUCGUGAUUUAACAAAAUACCUUAAUCAAUUACGACGAGCAAAAAUAGUUUGUGAAAGACGUAUUACAGCUAAUGGUGGUCGAAGUUAUUUACUUGUUGAUGCAAGUACAAAUAAAAUUAAUUUAGCUAAUCGAAAAAUACUUUCAUUAAAUAUGAUAUUAAGUUGUAUUACUGGUCGUCAUUAUUUACAUCAAUUUUUAGAAACAUUUGGUACUCAUACAUUAGUUAAAUUUUGGUAUGAUAUUUGGAAAUUACGUUCUGCUCCAUCUCAUGAACGACAUCGUGUAGCAACAACCAUUUAUAAAACAUAUAUAACACGUUUUGGUAGUGCUGUUGGUGAUGAAAUUGAUAAUGCAACGGUAAUUCGAAUGAAAUCAUUUCUUGUCGGUGAACAGGCUGAACCAGAUGCAUUUUAUCAUGGUCAAGCUGUUGUUUAUCGUGUAUUACAACGUGAUUAUUAUGCAUCAUUUCUUGUGUCUAAACAAUAUGAUGCUUUAUGUCGGACAUUUGAUUCAGCUAAUCUACAAGACUUUGAUUUAAAGGAACAAUUACUUGGUUGGUCAACACCAAUUUCAGCGGAUGAAAAUUAUGAAGACACAGAUGAUAAUCAUAUAUUACAACAAUCUGAAUUAACAAAUGAAGAACCAUCUGAAAGUGUACCAAAACGUUUAGCUGAUUUACGAAAUCAAUUAGCGAUUAAACAAUAUGCAUUAACAGCUGCAAAAGAAGCAUCAACAUUUGAUGCAACAGUUUUGGCAUCACUUGAACGUGAUUGUGCUGAUUUACAUCAAGAAAUAAGUACACUUGAAUGUUUAUUAGAAAAUGUUGAUUUAUGGUGGUCCUAUAUGGGUCAAUGGCAAGCUCAAAUACUUUCCGAUAUAGUUGGAAUUGGUCGAUCAUCUUUAGCUGUACUUAUUCGAAGUCCAAACAAUGAACAAGAUCAAGUUGGUUGGGUUAUAACACGAACAUUACAUUCUUGGCAACAGUUUUAUUUUCGAUUAAAAGACUUAGAACCAUCAUUACCAACAAUUGAUUUAUUUCGUGUACGUCAUCGUCAUUUUAAUCAAUUACAAUAUGAUGAAUUUUCAUCUAAAAAAUUAUUACAACAGCUUGAAAUUUUUAUACAAACAAUUCUACGUAACGAACAUAUGUCAUCAUUUGAAUUCGUUUAUCAAUUUUUGAAUCCAUCUAUUAUUGAAAGUGAUAAACAAUUAUCAAAUUUAGUUAAUGUUAAAAAAAAACAAACGAAUUCAUAUAAAAAUUCAUUUCAAAUAUUCCGUUCGGACAAAACAUCCAAUGAUUUAUCAGAAAUUGACAGCGUUCGUUUUCUCGAAGGUCGUGCUGAUUCGAUUGCUAAACCAUUUUAUACUUUUAUCGAUACCCUAUUAGACGAACAACGUGGUUUACUUAAAUUAAUACGUAUGACAUUCGUUCAAUUUAUUCGUGUUACAUAUGGAAGUACAAUAAAUCGACAAGUACGUCGAUAUAUUGUUAGUUUAUUUCAAGAAGAAUAUAUAGUUAAAUAUUUAAUUAUGUUACGAGAUAUAUUUUGGCCAAAGAUUCCACUUGUUGAAACACCAAUGCGUACAGAUGAUGAAAAACGAGAACGAAGACAACAAGCUAAACAACAAUUGUUAUCUAAUAUACCAGAAACUAUUUCUUUGAUAUUUGGUUCGGAUAAUGCAAGAUUAGGUGCGGAACGUUUAUUCGAACUUUUUCAAGAUAUUCGAUUGAAUAAACAUCUUUGUUAUAAACUAAUGAUGUUGUUUAUCAGUGAAAUAUUUCCAGAAUUACAGAUGAAAUUAUAA